AUGCUUGGUUUCUUUACGAGUGCGCGCAACGGCAAUCUGCUUAGCACGACUGAUUCUGGCUCCAUUUUGCGCGAGGCUUCUCCUGCAGCAAUGACGAAGCAGCCGUACACGCUCGUGUUUGUGAGCGCGGGCCCACUUGGCGUGAAGCGCAGCGACUGGCAAUCAUGGAUCAUGUACUUCCGCGAGGCGGGCUACGAUUGUAUUGAUCUGAAUGUGGAGUUGCCCAAAAACCCGCAAAAAGAUGUUUCGAACGAAAAGAUGCUUGCCGACGAGGUCACGGAGCAGGUCCGCCUUAGCUCCCUCCAGCGUCAGCCGGUUGUCUUCUUGCGCGAUCAGGGGAACGCGGUGGUGCCGUCCUAUCUCGGCACGGGCGGUCUCUUUUUUGGAAAGCGUGGCCCCAUGUCUGGCCUUGUUAUGCUGCACCCUGACAAGACCGAACUGGUCGAUGGCGCAGACUGGCCAUCCAACACGCCCGUUUUAGUCAUUCCGCAAACCACUUCUCAGGCGCCUGAGUGGGCCGAUGCCAUGCGCGGCGCAAAGAAGGCGACCAUGAUGCCAGACGAAUGGAAUGAAAAGGAAGGCUUAAUUAAGGAAGUUGAGCGUUGGAUGCGCGACGCGGGCCUUUAA